AUGUCCAAAAUCAUCACGGUCUUUGGCGCCACAGGAAAGCAGGGCGGUUCUGUCAUCCGCACAAUCCUGCAGGAUGCAAACCUCUCCCAGGAAUUCAAGAUCCGCGGUAUCACCCGUGAUGCGACAAAGCCGGAAGCUCAAGCACUGUCCAAGAAGGGUGUUGAAUUCGGAAAAGCCGAUAUGAACUCCAAGGAGUCUCUCGUUGAGGCACUGCAAGGCAGCCACUCGGUCUUCCUUGUGACCACGCCGGCCUGGGGCGUUGCCGGCUCUGAUGCGGAACUGGCGCACGGCAAGAACGUGGCUGAUGCAGCAAAGGAAACUGGUGCCCAGCAUCUGAUCUUCUCCUCUUUGGUGAAUGUCACUGAGACAUCCGGCGGUCGGCUCAAACACGUACCCCAUUUUGACCAGAAAGCGCAGGUGGAGCAGUAUAUUCGAUCCAUCGGUGUGCCUGCUACCUUUGUGCUGCCGGGGUAUUUCAUGACCAAUUAUACCGAAAUGGGAAUGCUGCGCAAGGGCGAGGACGGCGUCUACACGCUGGCCUACCCUGUGAGUAAAGAUGCCAAAUUUCCGCUCGUUGACAUCGAGAACGAUUUGGGCAAAUACGUCGCAGCGGCGUUGAAGAAUCGUGCAGAGUCCCUUGGUGCUCAGAUCCUCGCUGCCGCAGACUAUUACACCCCUACUCGAAUUCUCGAGGAGUUUGAGGAGGCUACCGGACAGAAAACUCGAUUUGUUCAGGUGGACUCUGAAACCUAUACGAGCUUUCUGCCUGCUACAAUCGCCGAGGAGAUGCUGGAGAACCAUCUCUUUAUCGAGAACCGGUUACUACAACGGAGAAAGGUUAAAUGCGAUCAAAAACGACCGGUUUGCUCUCGAUGUCAUGAAGGAGGUUUUGCCUGCGUAUAUUCGUCCUCCAAGAAGAGGCCAGGUCCAGCCAGGGGUACACGAAAAGCAGCAAAGCGUACUGUCAAGUCCCCCGCAAAGGCCGCUCAUUCAUUUGUCAGUCCUGAGCAGGACAAUGGCGAGCACGUGUCUUCAUUCUUUUCCGACAUCUUUGUUGCUUCUUCGGCGACGGGAUUUGAGUUGGACGCUGAUGCUGGCUUCUCAACGGGCGAUUGUACCUCACAGCCAAUGUCUCUCCUUUCGGGGUUGACACCUAUUGUCCCUACGGCUGGGUUAUCCGGGUCCACGGAGCUGGGGAUUUCCCCGGAGAUGCAAGCGAAGCUGGUCCAUGACUUCUUUGACUUUGUCCAUUAUUCAAUCCCAUUAUUUCGGAAAGAAGACUUUCUCGAGCAAUACGAGCAUGGAACGAUCAACCAUUCUCUGCUGCUUACCGUCCUAGCUGUCACGGCGAAGUCUCUCGGCCUACCGCACGGUUGGCAGGUAGCCAAUAUCGACGAUUGUCUUCAAGAGCUGUUGAAGAACGACCCGUUGGAAGGCCCAACCCAGCCGGCCCUCCUGCUGGACGCUUUCCGGCAAAACUGCCUGCUCGCAUUUUACCGUUUCCAUCAGGGUCAUGGUGGAGACGCAUGGGAUUAUAUCAGUCGACUCUCGCGCAAAGCUCUCCGAUUAGGACUACAUCAGCUAGAUUCCACUGAUAGGUACAACUCAGUUGGUGACGCCUUGGCAAGCCCAGCCAAUCUGGAAGAAUGGAGAUAUGUUUGGUGGUGCAUCUACUGCUUGGACUCGUACUCGAAUAUUACGGCAGCCACCCCCUUUGUCGUGGAAAAGGAGAGCAUACGGACCGCCUUGGUGGCUACUUCUCUACAGGGUUCAGGCGAUAACCGCGUUGGUAGCCAUGGGGGGAAAUUUCUGCCCCCGGAUACCAGAGAUCUGUGGCGCAUCUCGGCGGAAAUGGGCGAUCUCAAUAUCCAGGCCUCAUGUUUUAACAUGCAUAUCGUCACGACGACUCUUCUGAGGGAAGCGGCCGCUAUUUAUCGGUUACGGAGGCAGAACCCGUCAGAAGGUCUUCGGGAGCGACGCUCUCAAUUCGGAGAUCAUCUCUCAGCCGUGGUUCUUUCCUUGCCUCCGCAGUUUCUCCGCGAAGCUCGCAACGCCUUUGCCAAUGAAUCUAGUGUAGACCACCAUGCGCGGCUUGUCUGUCUACUCCAUCUGCACACGGCACGGCUUUUGAACGCAAUCACGUUCGAUCCCUCGGACGACUCGAUGUGGACGACAUCCUGGCAGCGAUCACUGGCCCACUCCGAGGACAUUGUGGCUGUCAUCAGAGAAUGGGACAGCCGGUAUUGUUCGACGGUGGACCCAGCCAUUUGCCUCAUUGUAUUCUCUACAUUGAUUCUACUAUACCUGCAUGAAAUGCACGAGGCCACACCUAAAAUGCCAGCCCUUUCCGAGCGUCUCCAGGCGGAGAGGAACAUACUGCUGUUGUUUUUGGAGCAAUUUGCCAGAAUCUGGGCACUUCCCAGGUCACUCAAAGCGGCAUUCGAGGAAUUCACCAGUGCUGUCCAUGGCCCCCUCUCUUCCCACGACAUUGGUCAGCUCCUGACACGAGUGCCGGGACCCUUUCGUCCCUGGAGGGGACUUCUUGGUCUUUCCCCAAAUCCGCAGGAUCCUUUGCUCACACCACAGGAACCCGGGCUCGACCUUCCUGGGCUUGGUUUUACGUUCGACUUUUUGUCCCCCUUAUGA